AUGCACGACACCUUGUGGAGUAGGUCGAGUGUAUCCCAAAGGAAGGCUGCCAUCCUUGCUGCUGAAAAAGCGCGUGGUACACACCUAGGGACCAUAAAAGGCUAUGUGUCGGCUAAGUAUAGUCUAGGUGCUACCCAAGUUAAUGUGAAGGAGUUGAUCAAACUUCAAAAGGAGUCCCUAAUUAAAAAGAUCAACUUAAAAGUCCUUCACAAGACUCUUUUUAGCAGCCUGGACAACCCGCACAUUGACGUAUCGUCGUCAUCAACGUGGCUGAAAUAUGGGAAUAACUCUCCCCGAUCAGAAGGGUUGUUCUCAUAUUUGCAGGAUAGAAACUUUUUUAAUGGUCAACGGAAACAGUGUAACCACUGUAAGAAGUUUCAGUCAUUUGCUUAUUCAAUAGAGAAUGCUGAACUGGCUUGCAUUCUUACAAAUCCUCUAAAGCGGUCAGCGCCCACAGUCACGUCGAGAAAACUAGUUAUUCCUUUUGAAGAGUUCAAGAUCACUACAACACUCGGACAAGGCAACUUUGGGAAAGUCUAUAAAGGUUUCUUGUUUUGGUUAUUCAUAGGGAAAUGGAAAAAUUUGGAUGUGGCACUCAAGUCUCUUAAGGACGCGAAUAACAAAGAAUUUUUCGACGAAGCAAAAAUAAUGCACAGUCUGGACAACCAGUAUUUGGUCAAGUUGUUGGGAGUAUCCCUGGAUGGGGAAACGUCCUACCUCUGUAUGGAAUUUAUGGAACGAGGACAUUUGAUGGGAGUCCUCAAAUCUGACCGAGGCAACAAAAUUACGUUUGAAAUGCUGGCACGGAUGGCUGCACAGGUAAUCAUUACAUAA